AUGGCUCUGAAACAACCAGUAUCGACUUUCCAGAUCCGAAACCCAUACCGUUUAGAGCGACCUGCAUUCGACUCAGCAGAGGUCUGGCAAGCUGCUAUUACAGACGAAGAGCAAGCAAUACACACAAACCUAUCGCAGAGACCGCUUCCACGUCAACUUAAAGAGAGUAGACAGUAUGGUGCUAAGAAGAACAAGCAGAACUCUGAGAGUAAUGGCUCAAGUACCGAGAAUAACAAUCCUUACCAAUCUAGUCACGAAGUCCAACAGCAGCCCUCUCAACCAUCUAUCCCUACCAUCACCGUCACUCAUCAUAUUGACACAUACUCUGAGCUCACGUUUGAGCGCCAUGUUGAAUGGCUGACGCAAACUGCACUUUGGUGGGAUAUGCCUGUAGUUCAUUUGUAUCCGGCACCAGAAUCUCGAUCCUCUUUAAAGUAUGUGGAGGCAGCAGCAUCACGGUUUUCUAAUUGGGUCAAUUUUGUGAAGAUUCCAAUCAGUGAAGAGACUCAGCUGGGAUCUGCUACCUUUCUUGCAAAGUCAUCACAGGCUAGCAGAGGAAAGAGCCAAAGGGUCAUCAAGGACUCUAAAGUUGACAGCGCCCAGAGCGACACUGCUAGACGGGACGGCAACCAGGAAGGAGGAUUGGUGAAGAGCGCUCUCGGGCAACGUGAACUCAAAGAUGUGAAGCUCAUUGUGGGCUAUACAUUUGUUGGUUCAGUAGAAGAGCAAGCCCAGUAUCAUAAUGUCUUUGAGGCAAUGACAAAGCUGUACCCAAUGAUUGAGAUUCGGUAUAUCAAUUCGUUUGAGCCGCAACACUUACAGUCGCGACAACAGCAGGAACUUUUAGAAGACGUCUACCUUCAAAAUUUGAGCUGGAUCCAUUAUUGGAGCGCUGCAAAAGAAUCACAGGUACUACAAAGUAAGAUAGUGAAUGAGGUCGUACGGGCGCGUCCCAUGUGGGUUAACGGUGAUCUCCUUCAUCGCAACUAUCUUCCACCCGUGGUUCCAACAACCCCGUCACCUAUCCUGGACCAUCCUAUGUCCUCGCUUUCAUCAUCAGCAUUAGCCAUCUCGCCAUCACCCAGCGUAUACGUUGGUAGUAAUGAGGGCGAUGGUUAUAGCAUUGAAGAAUCACUGCGAGGAAUUCCAUCGACAGUGUUGAUCGCAUCGCACUUGGACACCAGUUCAAUCUCAGAUGAGCCAAAACAAACCGAUAUUUCGUCUCAUGAUCGUCGACAUUUUGCAUUGGAAUGUCAAUACGAUAAUGUCCAAGACACGGGUUGUCUCGAGCGAUUGCCAAGUCGAGUUCUCUUGAACCGUACUCAGAGCCCUGUAGAUGUUCAUCGCGAUGCAAAGAAUUCAAUUAGGCCUUUUAAUCGUUCCAAAAAGUGGGGGUUUCCAUCAUUAGUAGGCGGUGGAGUGAAAGAUCGUGAAUAUCGCAGGUCGGUGUCGACCCCGCUAUUACUACUUACACGAGAUAAUUAUAGUAGUGGAGCAAUUGCAAAGAGUAAGGAGAGCUUCAAGGGUAUAGAGAUUGUCGGUUCUAACAUUCGAGGUGAUACGAAUAUGUCGCCACCACCAACCUCAUCACCACCAAGCUCUCCCACUUCCACAUCUUCGACUGCUUCCUCAUCGUCCUCGUCUUCCAUGGGUUCAUUAGGUAUUGGCCACCGCCUGGCUGGAUUGGCCCAUCGUUUUGGCAUGUACAAGAUAAAAGGGUCUUCACUCAUGACUGUCGAUCUUUGA